AUCGUCCUUAUCAAGCUCUGUAUCCAUCUUCAGAGAAAAAUCAGGACUGUAAUUCCGUCCCCUAGGCAUGCAGCAGGAUCCAGAUCGCGCCUCUCCAAGGACAGUGACUUUUCCAGAGUCCUUUAAGAGCCCCCCAGGCGGAUAUCAACCCCUUCCCAAUUACUGGAAUACUGCGACAAUCCCCAGAAUGAAAUCGAGGCGUUACAAACAGCGCAAAAGCGCCUUGCAUGGCUGCAAAAGUCCGUCAAGAGCAAGAAACCCCACACCAGGGCGCAAAGGUCGGAGGUGGGCCGGAGCCCGGGCCCACACUCACCAUGGACUGGGAAAUGCGCGGACAAUUUCUGCACCUGCAAAACGAGCCUCAAAGAGUCGGGUCACCUCUACCGCGGACCGACUCCAGGAAGGUGUGAGGUGUCAGUCAGAAAAAGCCUCGGCUCCCGGUAGCAGCGUCCUCUGGGAAAUGUAGUUCACGCUAACCCUACUCUGGCGCUAUGUCCGAAGGAUUUCCUCACGUGUUGAACUACACUUCCCGAAAGCAGUGGGUCUCUUCACGUCCUUCUCCUUGCGCUCUUGCCCGAUUGUAAAGUAGUCCCUGACAGGGAGCUUCUGAUUGGAAGACGACUAGGAGCGGAUGGUUUGAGCUCCGGGGAAAAGGACUGCCUGAUGGCGCUCCACAAUUGGCGGGAGGGAAGGCCUGUGUGACUUGAGGGAGGAGAAACAGACCUUUAGCGACAACAGCCACCGGCGCGCAACCGAGACUUAAUUCCCUGCUGAGGCUAACCGCGGGCGGUAAAGAGACCUUCCGCUGCUUUAAACCCGGCUCGACCCGGAAACAAAACCUUUUAAAAACAUUAUACACGCUCCCGAGGGCGGGGGGCGAUGGAAAUGUGGGGAAGACGAGACAGCUUCGCAGGUUGCUAGGCGACGAGGUGGGAGUACCUGGGUGAACUGUGGAAGAAGCGGCUCCCAGACCCAGGAGACCGAGUGCGAACGCCGCCGCCCUCCAUGGUUCUCCUUCCUCUGCAGGAAGCCCGCUACCCCAGGUGGCGUCCGGUGACUAGGAGAGGUUUGUGGGGACGCCCCCCUCCCAGGCGAUUUGGGACUGCUGGUCUUCCGCAUUCCGGAGGCAGGACAAAGAUUCCUUCUGCCAUCCGAUGUCUUUCUGCUUGACUGAACUGCACCUGUGGUCUUUGAAGAAUACCUUACACAUUGCGGAUAGAGAUAUUGGAGUCUACCAGUAUUAUGACAAGAAAGAUCUUCCAGGAACAGAGCAUGGUAACUUAGAAGAAAAGCAGAAACUGGCAGAAUCACGAGAUUAUCCUUGGACACAAAAUAGACGCCCAGAAAAACUUCGAGAUUCACUCAGAGAAUUAGAGGAACUGCUGCAAAACAGUCAGUGUGUGCUGAGCAAAUGGAAGAGCAAAUCUGUCUGUCAGCUCCUCUUUGGUUCAGGUGUGCUGGUGUCCCUAAGUCUUUCUGGGCAGCAGCUGGAGAAAGUGUUGAUUGACAGAAGCCUGGUGGGGAAGCUCAUCUCAGACACCAUCAGUGAUGCUCUUCUCACAGACAGCUUCAUCAUCUUAUCAUUUUUGGCAAACAAACUAUGUUUUAUUCAGUUUUCCAAGAAGAUGGAUUCUCCUGAUAUAAACAAAAGAUUGGAAAAACUCUCAGCCUUGGAUUACAAGAUUUCCUAUUAUGAAUUACCUGGUCCAGUAAACCGGACAGCAAAGCGUCGUCUAGCUAUCAAUUGUGUUCAGGAUAUAGUUGUUUGCUGGUGGCCACUGGUCAGUGAUGAUGCUUGGCCUUGGGCCCCAAUUUCUUCAGAGAAGGACAGAGCCAAUCUUCUGCUCCUGGGUUAUACUCAAGGAAAACUGGAGGUUCUGAGUUGUGUUCGCACAGAAUGGGAUCCACUGGAUGUUCGCUUUGGUGCUAAACAGCCUUAUCAGGUGUUCACAGUGGAGCGAUCCGUCAGUGUAGACAAAGAGCCCAUGGCUGACAGCUGCAUCUAUGAAUGUGUUCGGAACAAAAUUCAUUGUGUGUCAGUCACUAGAAUACCAUUAAGAUCAAAGGCCAUCAGCUGCUGCAGGAACGUUACUGAAGACAAACUCAUUCUAGGAUGUGAAGAUUCUUCAGUAAUUCUUUAUGAAACUCACCGUAGAGUGACUCUCUUGGCCCAGGCUGAACUUUUGCCUUCAUUAAUAAGCUGCCACCCAAGUGGUGCCAUUCUGCUAGUUGGCAGCAACCAAGGAGAGCUGCAAAUUUUUGAUAUGGCUCUAUCGCCUAUUAACAUCCAACUCUUGGCUGAAGACCGCUUACCCAGGGAGACUCUGCAGUUCUAUAAGUUCUUUGAUGUUUCCAGCAGUCUUGUUCAAAUGCAGUGGAUAGCUCCUCUGGUUGUUUCUCAGAAGCCUGAAAAUAGGGACAUCUGUGAUCUUCUCUUCCUCAGGUUUGACAGAGGACCUUUGGGUGUGCUUCUGUUUAAACUUGGUAUCCUCACUCAAGGACAACUGGGCCUUGUAGACAUCAUCUGCCAGUACAUUCAUUGUGAUGAGAUCUAUGAAGCAAUAAACAUCCUAAGCAGCAUGAAUUGGGACACUCAGGGCCAGCAGUGCUUUAUCAGCAUGAGUGCCAUUGUGAACCAUCUCCUUAGACAAAGACUCACUCCAGAGAGAGAAGCACAGCUUGAGGCAAGCCUUGGAACCUUCUAUGCUCCAACACGACCACUUCUGGAUACAACUAUUUUGGAAUAUAGAGACCAGAUCAGCAGAUAUGCAAGGAGAUUCUUCCACCACUUGCUCAGGUACCAGAGAUUUGAAAAGGCAUUUCUCCUAGCUGUUGACAUUGGUGCUCGAGACCUGUUUAUGGAUAUCCAUUACCUUGCCGUAGAUAAGGGUGAAUUGGCACUAGCUGAAGUGGCAAGAAAAAGAGCUAGUAAUAUUGAUGCAGAAUCAAUAACCUCUGGAGUUGAAUUCCUGGGGCCCUUGGACAGAAGGGAUAUGCUAAAUGAAGCUUUUGUUGGCCUAUCUUUAGCAUCUCAAGGGGAAGACUCAUUCCCAGAUGAUCUUCUUUCCUUUGGUUCAAUCCAAAGGCAUAGUAUUCAACAAAAAAUACGGAAUGACUCUUCUAACAGACAAGUAAUUGACAGAAGGAGCAAACCUGAAAAAGACAUCUGUGCUGGAUCUUUGAUGACUCAUACCAGUAAUGCAGAAGGAGAACGGAAAGAAGAUUACAGAGGACAGGACAUUGGAGAUGGUGGUUCUCUCAAAAUGGUUCAUUUUGGUCUGGUGUAAAAAAUGAACUUUUUAAUUUCAAAAAGGAACCAAUCUUUUUCACAUCUAACUUUUUCAUGGUCUGAUUCAAUUAAAAUCUUCCUGUAUGGAUUUUUAAAAAAAGGAACUAUGGUAUAUGUAACAUAGCAUAGUAAUACAAAAUGAUCCUAAAUAAAAGUUCUUAAAUACUUUAUUUUUAGUAAUAUACAAAUUUUGAAAAUGUCUUAAGUUGUACAUUAUUAGGUGCUUCAAAAGCAGAAUAUUUAAACCUUGUUCUCAUUAGUAUUUUAAAAAUUUUGUCCUCUGUUGUUACCUAUAUCACUAAUUUAUAUUACAUAUAAAAUAUUUAUUAAGCAAAAAUUUCAGCCCAAACCCAUUAGUAGUAGACAUUUCCCCUGGAUCUUUUGAAUUACUGGUAUGACAUACUGACUGCCUGUGAAACUCAGAUAUAUUGUCUCCCUCUGGAGCAAAGAGCAGGCAUGCUCACUACCCUGUUUUAAAAGAUUUGCGCUCCUUAAGUUCAAGGUUCUUUCUCCUUUAAACAGCCCACAGUGUGCUGUUGUAAUCUGGCCCUUUUCACAUUGCUGUGAAUGUGGGAAUAGGACUCAGGAAAUCAAGGCAAAAAUAAAUAAAUUUAAAAUGCUGAUACUCUGGCUACUAUUGUUAUGAUUAAUAAACUGUCCUUUGUUUCUAAUGCCAGGAGUCUUGUGCCAUUUACCAGCAGACAUGAAACAAUAGUUCCAUAAAUUAUUAGUUUGCAAGUAAGAUAAAAUUUCAGACACACACAGUUCUUGAUACCCAUCAUUAGCAUAUAAGAUAUUUUCAAAUUGUAGAUAUCUGUAAUAAUAAACAUCUUGAAAUACUGUGCAUGAAUUAUAAAACUGAAUCUUUUUAAAAGUUACACUGAAGGCUCUUAUACUUCAGAGUUUUCUUCCUACUUUCUAUUCAUCUAUCAGGGGGACAUGACAAAGGAGGUGAAACUCAUUUUUCAAUUUAAAACUGCUCUAAAAAAUUUUAGGGUAAUUUUUAAUGUUGUGAGUGUAAUAUAUAAAGCAGCUCCCCUGCCCUUUCCAUUGCAGCCAUUUUCCCCACCUCCCAACCACUUGUCAGUCUGUGAACAUCCUAGCUAGCUAUUGGUUCAUCAGUCAGCUUGCAA